AAAAUUAGUCUGAUUUUGAUACCUCUAUUGUGUUAUUAUUAUUAUUUUCAUUUUUGACUAGCUAACUUUAAGAUCCUUAUCUCCCAGUGGCAUUGAGUGUGGUUGGAGGGGUUCUCUGACAGCAUUUCUUGAAAUGCCUCGUCUCUGGAAGAUUUGAUAUUUUAUUUGCAAUUAUUGUUGACUGUUGCCUUUCUCAUUCAGUGAGAGAUGAUGACAGCAAAGAAGCAAAACCUAGUAAUGUGGAAGGGAUAUUUGACUGGGGCCAAAGUGGUCAGCUGAUUAAUAUCUGACAACUUUUGCUUCUCUCUAGAACCACUUAAUUAUGAAUCUCCUAUAUAAUAGAUAAAUGUGUUAGAUUCUUGGAGGUAUUGCACAUAGUAUCUUUUCUAAAACUUCUUUCUAUAUCCAUUGCUCCUUUUAUCUCCUUCUUUCUUAUGAGAGUGGAGGCCCUCAUUCCCAAUUGUAGCCAGUGACCACAGGGAAGACCUGCAGUGUGAGACCCGGACCUGUCUUAAAGUAGUUAAAUCAAUGCAUAUACCUGCAUACGGACAAUAAGGAACAACUAUUCCUAGGCAGCACCUUUUAGUCUGUUUCUAGGUUCACAUGUCCCGUAGUCCAAUGCUGUAAUCAUCUACCCUAUGGUAGUGGACGGGGGUAGGGCAUAUGGUAUAAGGAGAGAUGAGAAAUCAGCUGGCCUUUUAACUUUUGUCUCAAGAGGACUUCUCUUAUCCUCUCUUUAGAUGCUAUUGGUAGUGAAAGAUAAGGGUUUUAAUAGAUCUCUUGGUGCUUGGGUUCCUCACCUUGUCUAGCUUCAACAGGUUAGCUGAUGAAUACCCAAAACUGUAUGGCCUGCUGCAUAUCAACUGACUGAAAGGAGAAAUAUAUAAGACUUUAAGAAAACACAGGUUAUUACAGGGUGCCUUUAUUUAAUAGCUCAGGAAGAUAGAGGUGUACAGUGUUACUUCCUUUCGAGCACUAAAAUGUUGCCUAAUCCUGGAAUAACUCCAAUUCAUGAUGUAAAUGGGGAGCCUAGAAUGUACUCUAUUUUGAUUGAAAUCAUCCUAGUAUUUUUUCUUUUGUUGUAUUUCUGCUAUUUAAUCCCCUUUUACAAAAGAAAAUUGGGGCUUUAAGCUGAGAGUAUAUAUUGCAGAAGAGAAUGUGAAUCCUGGGAUCUUCAGUGGCAGGAGAAGGAGUCAUCAGAAGAUCGAGAUGAGUUUUAACACUAUUUUGGAGGAGAUUCUUAUUAAAAGGUCACAGCAGAAAAAGAAGACAUCACCCUUAAACUACAAAGAGCGACUUUUUGUACUUACAAAAUCCAUGCUAACUUACUAUGAGGGUCGAGCAGAGAAGAAAUACAGAAAGGGGUUUAUUGAUGUUUCAAAAAUCAAGUGUGUGGAAAUAGUGAAGAAUGAUGAUGGUGUCAUUCCCUGUCAAAAUAAAUAUCCAUUUCAGGUUGUUCAUGAUGCUAACACACUUUACAUUUUUGCACCUAGUCCACAAAGCAGGGACCUGUGGGUGAAGAAGUUAAAAGAAGAAAUAAAGAAUAACAACAACAUUAUGAUAAAAUAUCAUCCUAAAUUCUGGACAGAUGGAAGUUAUCAGUGUUGUAGACAAACUGAAAAAUUAGCACCCGGAUGUGAAAAAUACAAUCUUUUUGAGAGUAGCAUAAGAAAAGCAUUACCUCCAGCACCAGAAACAAAGAAGCGAAGGCCUCCCCCACCAAUUCCAUCUGAAGAAGAAGAUAGUAGUGAAGAUAUCGUUAUAGCCAUGUAUGAUUUCCAAGCAACAGAAGGACAUGAUCUCAGAUUAGAGAGAGGUCAAGAGUAUCUCAUUUUAGAAAAGAAUGAUAUUCAUUGGUGGAGAGCAAGAGAUAAAUAUGGGAAUGAAGGAUAUAUCCCAAGUAAUUAUGUAACGGGAAAGAAAUCAAACAACUUAGAUCAAUAUGAAUGGUACUGCAGAAAUACGAAUAGAAGCAAGGCAGAGCAACUCCUCCGAAGUGAAGAUAAAGAAGGUGGUUUUAUGGUAAGGGAUUCUAGUCAACCAGGCUUGUACACAGUCUCCCUUUAUACCAAGUUUGGAGGAGAAGGUUCAUCGGGUUUCAGGCAUUAUCAUAUAAAGGAAACAACAACAUCUCCAAAGAAGUAUUACCUAGCAGAAAAACAUGCUUUUGGUUCCAUUCCUGAGAUUAUUGAAUAUCAUAAGCACAACGCAGCAGGACUUGCCACCCGGCUUCGGUACCCAGUUAGUGUGAAAGGGAAGAUUGCACCCACCACUGCAGGAUUCAGCUAUGAGAAAUGGGAGAUUAACCCUUCAGAACUGACCUUUAUGAGAGAAUUGGGAAGUGGACUGUUUGGAGUGGUGAGGCUUGGCAAAUGGCGAGCCCAGUACAAAGUUGCAAUCAAAACUAUGCGGGAAGGUGCCAUGUGCGAGGAGGACUUUAUAGAAGAAGCUAAACUGAUGAUGAAACUGACACACCCGAAGUUAGUGCAGCUUUAUGGUGUAUGCACCCAGCAGAAACCAAUAUACAUUGUUGCUGAGUUCAUGGAAAGGGGCUGCCUUCUGAAUUUCCUCCGACAGAGACAAGAUCAUUUCAGUAGAGACGUGCUGCUGAGCAUGUGUCAGGAUGUGUGUGAAGGGAUGGAGUAUCUGGAGAGAAACAGCUUCAUCCACAGAGAUCUGGCUGCCAGAAAUUGUCUAGUAAGUGAAGCGGGAGUUGUAAAAGUAUCUGAUUUUGGAAUGGCCAGGUAUGUUCUGGAUGAUCAGUACACAAGUUCUUCCGGCGCUAAAUUUCCUGUGAAGUGGUGUCCACCUGAAGUGUUUAAUUACAGCCGCUUCAGCAGCAAAUCAGAUGUCUGGUCAUUUGGUGUUUUAAUGUGGGAAAUAUUCACAGAAGGCAGAAUGCCCUUUGAAAAAUACACCAAUUAUGAAGUGGUAACCAUGGUUACUCGAGGGCACCGACUCUACCAGCCGAAGUUGGCGUCCGCCUAUGUAUACGAGGUGAUGCUGAGAUGUUGGCAGGAGAAACCAGAGGGAAGGCCUUCUUUUGAAGAUCUGCUGCGCACGAUAGAUGAACUAGUUGAAUGUGAAGAAACGUUUGGAAGAUAAGUGAUGUGACCAGCAGCUCCCAAGCAGAAGGAAGGAUGGGCAUUUUGUGGCUUUUAAUUUAUUGAGUACUUGGACAUGUGGAUCGUUUUGCUUAUAAAGUGGAAACCCAUAAAGAAUUUGCUUCUGGAUCAGCCUCCAUCUAGACUUGCUUCUAGACAGAAUCUCCCAGAGUGUGGAAAUGUUGCCUUAGAGAUGGUGAUUAAAAUCACUCAUUUCUAUUCAUUCCUCAUGCACUCAAGUGACAACUGUAUACCAGGCACUGUGUACAGCCCCAGGGUUUGGCCAUUUAGGGGUGCACAGAUGGGAUCAUGUUAGUUGACGCCAGUUGGAGGCCAGGGUAUUUGGGAAGAGGAAGGGUAUUAGAGCCAUGAUCCAGUAACUCUUCUUUUUCCCUUUGGCUUCCACAGAAAUCUAGGCCUGAGACAUUGCCUACAGUUGGGUUCUAGAUAAAUCAGGAACCCACCUUGGAUAAAUACCCAUCUUUUGUUUUGAAAACAUCUCCGUUUUCAAGACUGCUCUUAGUAUUACAUGAAAAAUAUUUGUAUGCUGUAUACAUUAUAAAUAUAUGUAAUAUAUAAAGUUAUAUAUUUAUAAGAAACACGA